GUUUUGAGCUGGAAAGCUGUUUCUCUCCAUCUUUUUGUGGGUUAUGCUGCACUAGAAUUUGUUUAGAGUCAUUAUUUAAAGUUAUUUGGAGGGUUUGGGGGAAAGCUAAGGUGAGUCCCUGCCUUUGCUCUGCCAUCUUGGCUCUGACUCAAUGUCUGUGCCUUUAAAAAAUUAAUAAAAAGUUUGUUUCAAUUAUUAAAAAAAGUAAUGGUAAAUAAUAGUACUUAGAUUAUCCAUGGAAAAUAUGUAGGAAAAAAUGAAUAAAAUUAAUCGGGAUGAAAAGACAUGAAAGGGACAUCAUUGUCAACAAAGAUGGGAGUGGCAAUACUGGUAAGAUCAUGGAUGCAUCAAUGAUUUUAAUAUAUCAGAAGAGUGAGGAAUAUCUUUAAUUUUAGGUGAAAUAUAACAGCUUUUAAUGAUAGCUCUUUCCCUGUAGAUUCAACUAACCAAAGCAUAUGCAUAGCAGUUGUUUAGAAAAGAAAUUAUUUCUAUAUGAAAACCUCACCCUCAAUGUAUUUCUUCUCACAUUCUUGUCUCCAUAGGAACAGAAGGGGUCCAGAACAAUUUUGUCUUUAUUCUACAUGCUGCCAUGUUCUACAGGAUUGAGUCCUUGAUUCCCUUUCCAUGAACCAUGGUGAUCACUGGCAACAAUCAGAGUUCUGUGACCACAUUUAUGCUCUUAGGAUUCACAGAUUAUCCAGAACUCAAAGUAUUCCUUUUCCUGGUGUUCCUGGUCAUGUAUAUCAUCACAGUCAUAGGAAAUCUGGGCAUGAUCUUAAUCAUCAGAAUCAACCCCAAAUUCCAUACUCCCAUGUAUUAUUUCCUUAGCCAUUUGUCCUUUGUGGAUUUCUGUUACUCUUCCAUUGUCACACCUAAGCUAUUGGAGAAUUUGGUUAUGGAGGAUAAAAGCAUCUUUUACUCCAGUUGCAUGCUGCAAUAUUUCUUGUCUUGUACCGCAGUGGUUACAGAGUCUUUUCUACUUGCUGUGAUGGCCUAUGAUCGUUUUGUGGCCAUUUGUAAUCCCCUUCUCUACACAGUUGCCAUGUCUCAGAGACUUUGUGCCUUGCUGGUGGCUGGAUCUUAUCUCUGGGGCAUGUUUGGUCCCUUUGUACUCCUAUGCUUUGCCCUACAAUUAACCUUCUCUGGCUACAAAGUCAUCAACCACUUUUUUUGUGAGUAUACUGCUCUCAUUUCUGUCUCCUCUUCAGAUAUCCAUAUCCCACACUUGCUGCUUUUUGGUUUUGCUACAUUCAAUGAGGUGAGUACACUCAUCAUCAUCCUUGCCUCUUACACUUUUAUUUUUGUCACUGUAAUAAAGAUGAAUUCAGCCAGUGGGAGACGUAAAGCCUUUUCCACUUGUGCCUCCCACCUGACAGCCAUCACCAUAUUCCAUGGAACCAUCCUUUCCUUGUACUGUGUUCCCAAUUCCAAAAACUCAAGGCAUACAGUUAAAGUGGCCUCUGUCUUUUAUACAGUAGUAAACCCCAUGUUGAACCCCCUCAUUUACAGCUUGAGGAACAAAGAUGUAAAGGAGGCCUUCAGAAAACUGAUGUACAGAAAUGCCUUUUCUCAUUAA